AUGACCCCCGACGAGUUCGUUUCUCGUUCUCACAUUCUCCAUCGCUCGUUUUCCGACAGACCCGCCAAAAUUGUCUCAGGGGACGGCAUUAGUCUCGUCUUAGAGAGUGGCAAGAAAGUCAUCGAUGCAAGCUGCGGCCCAUCAGUAUCAUGCCUUGGUCACUCCCAACCAGAGAUCACGGAUGCCAUCACGAAUCAUCUCAAGAAUAACAUCGCCUAUGUCUAUUCGGGUUCUCCGUAUACCAACGCCGCGACGGAGGAACUAGCGGACAUCCUAUUGUCACACAAACCCGGUGGUUUAUCAAAGGCCAUAUUCGUCAACUCUGGUAGCGAAGCGACGGACGCAGCUCUCAAACUAGCUGUGCAGUACUGGCAUGAGCGAGGACAACCUCAACGGACACACUUUAUUGCACGAAAACAAAGCUAUCACGGCAAUACUAUCGGCGCACUUUGCGUGUCCGGCCAUGAGUCUCGCCGAGAGUUUUACAAAGACUUCAUGUCUUCCAAUGUGUCCUUUUUGGAUCCAUGUUACGCCUACCGAAUGAAGGGUAAGAGCGAGUCGGACGAGAAUUUUGCCCAACGCCUUGCUGGCCAGUUUGAGGAUGAAAUUUUGCGCGUUGGCCCAGAUCGUGUUGCUGGCUUUGUCGCUGAAACCGUUAGCGGGACCACGCUGGGCUGCUUGCCCGCUGUACCGGGAUAUUUCAGACUCAUCAGGGCCAUCUGCGAUAAGUAUGGCGUUCUAUUGAUCUUGGACGAGAUUAUAUGCGGUAUGGGCAAGACAGGCACCAUGCAUGCAUGGGAGCAGGAGGGUAUUCGUGGACCAGAUAUUCAGACCAUUGGCAAGGCCCUUGGAGCAGGUUACGUCCCUCUCUCCGCUGUAUUGUUGCACCAGAAGAUAUUUGACGCCUUAUCUGCUGGCUCUGGUGGACUGGCACAUGGUCAUACCUUCCAGGCUCACCCCCUUGCUUGUGCUGCCGCGAUUGCAGCUCAAAAGAUCAUUAAGCGUGACAACUUGAUUGAGCGGACUGCGCAGAUGGGAAAGAAACUCGAGACGCUGUUGCGGAGGGAGCUUUUCCCUCUGCCACUGGUUGGUGAUAUUCGUGGGCGGGGCUUGUUUUGGGCCGUGGAGUUCGUCGUUGAGAAAGACACAAAGACAGUGUUCUCGCCAAGAUUCAAUUUCUGCAACCAGGUUGUGAAACACAGUUUGGAGAUGGGAUUGAACAUACUCGGAAAUCUUGGCCAUACUGGUGAAUACCAGGUUGACCAUGUCAUUGUUUGCCCGCCUUACAUCGUAACGGACAGCGAGCUUGAGGAAAUUGUGUCCCGUCUAAAAGCUGCAAUUGUGAAGACAAGCCAGCCUUUUGUCAAGUCCAGACCUGAAAUUGACGUAGGGAAGGUUCAAAGCGAGGUGAAGGCGACUGAGGUUGGGAUCGUUGGUUGA